UGUUAUCCUACGAUCAGUUUAGUUACACAUUUGGUUAAGUUCGUUUCGGCCGCUGCCCUUUUCUUUUGUUUUUGUUCGGUUAUCAUUUCCCAAAUAAAAAAAAGAAUUCAAAAUUUAGGCGUUUCUCAUCUCGCAGUUGUGUUGCCAGGUAUGCUUUAAAGAUGAUGUGCGAGACGGUUCUGAGAAAAGGGGAUCUGUACAAAGAGGAGUUUCUGUCGUGUUCUACGGCGCUGACGAGCAGGCGUUCGGUCUCUCUGCUCGACGUUUCCGGCCCGGAAAAGGAGCUCAACCACAAGACGAUAUCAAAUGACACGAUCGGCAGUCACACGUCGAUAUUCAAAGACUCCGGCUACAACCAGACCGGCUCCUCUUCCAGCCUCGGCUCCACAAAGGACAGGGAACAAGAAAAGAGGAUCACCGACUUGGAGGAGGAGUUGAAGUACAAACAGGUCUUGAUCAACGAGCUCCAAGAGUCCAACCAAACGCUGAGGAUGAAGUUCGCCGAAGCUGAAAACAAAAUAUCAGAGCUUCGACUCAAGUGCGAGUCCCAUUGCAAAUGUUGCACCGCGGAACUGAGCGGACCAGGAUCGGAAUCGGAGUCGGAGGCCGGCAGCAUCGGCAUCCGUUACCCGAGGCGUCGGAACCACAGUCCCCAGAAGCUCUACGAUACCGACCCCAAUCGUUUCACCCCCGUCGACGAGAGCUACCAGAAGGUUAAACGAUGGCAAGAUGAAUUAGUUGAAGAAGUAAAAAGAACGUCAGAACUCUCAUUUUCUAGAGAUUCGGUUAAUUCAAGGCCGAAGUCGAGAUACACUCAUCACACGCCAACGCCUUCAGAAGGUACAUUGAAUUCCAGAGUCUUGAUAUCGACACCUUGUCAAACAAAAAUAGGCAAUCAUUCGAUAAAAGUCUUGUCAACAAAAUCUGUUGUGCCAUCGAGGCGACAAAAGGAUGGAAGUAUCAGCCAAAAACUUCGACAGUUGCAUAAUGAAUCUUGUGGCGAGUAUCCCCAAAAGAGGUACUUUUCUGCUAGCUGUCCCAAUUCUUCGAGUGAUGAUUCAGGAGAUGAAUCUCCAGUUAAUUAUCACGGAUCAAAUAGAUGGUCGGAGAGGGAUAAACAGAGAGUAGACGAUAGAUUGGGAGUACCAACCCAUCGGCAUUCGUCCUGUGGACAAGAACACUCAGGAUUUACCUAUAAUUCCGUUGGAUCCUAUAACUGUCGGAAUCGAAAGUUGGAAAUGGAGCAAAAGAUUAGGCAUGGAAUGAAUAAAAUUGCGAAUUUUGACCGGGAGAGAAUUACGGAGGAUUCUUCGAUGCCUUUUGAGUGCUGGAAAGAAACCCUGAGGCCGAAAACUGUUCAUGGCUUUAGUUCGACUAUAUUCGGAACAAAGAAUAAAUCUCUUCUCAAGGUGAUAAGGGAGGCGUUAACAAUGACGACAUUGGCUACUGAUCAGCUUGAGUCGAUCUGGAAAAGAAAUAAAAAGUGCUAAAACGUUUUUUUAAAUGUGUGUUCUGACGCUUCAGUUUGACAGUGUACUUCUAAGCGCUUUCUACUACUAAAAAACUUAUGAUAUCACGUGCCUUUCGAAAAAUGUGAUAGAUUUGUACCAUGUGCAUUUUCCUUUGUGCCGUUUAACUGUUUAGAUAUUUCUAAUUUUAUUAUAAGGUGUAAAUGAGACCAAAGAUGCAAAAAGUUCAAAAGGGGCGAAUCUUGCCGUUUGAUUGAUAUUUAAAUUUUUACUUUUUACCUAUUGAAAAGUACUUUUUAUACUAAUUUGGUAAACACAAUUUUUAAGGUUUACUAAUUGAAAACAACAUGUAACUUUUUUAAACAUUAUUUAAAAAAAAAAAUCUCAAACUGUCAAGGUUUGUACUCUUUAUAAUUUAAUCGAUUUCAAUAAUUUUUAUUGUGGUUUUCAAUUGAGGUUUUAAUUAAAAAACACACUGCUCAGCAUAAAUUUUAGUACUAUUUUUUGUGACAAUAUAUAAUAUAUUUGAAGGAGCAACAUAAAAAAAUAAAAUAAUUUAAUUUUGCUGUUAUGUCUUUUUCAUUAUGUAAUUAAAAAAUAACUGAUAAAAAUUAAUAAUUUACAAUUUUAUUCUUGAUUAAAGUAAUGUUGUUUACAACUUUUAUGACAAUAAGGGUGAAGAUGAAUAUUAUCAGCAUAGUUUGAUUUUAAUCAAGGAUAUUUAGUGUAAAAAUAUAAUAAUUUGACAUUCCUUUUUAUUUUAAUGUCUUAAUUUGGCUUAAUUGGCCAGGAAAGCAAUCAAAUAUAAGUGUGAUACAAUAAAAACCAAGACUAAAACAAAGUGUAAAAAUUAUGUGCCUUUAUAAAGGAGUCUUUCAGGAAUGAUAAAACAGUGGUUUUUAGCAUGUGGCAUUUUUUUUAUCAACGAAACAAGUCUCUAGUCAAUAAAAAUACGCAAUGUUUUCUUUUCCAGUUCAGCUUUUUGUAUUAUUGAAUAAGAGGUCAAUGUCCUGUAGACUACAUUGAAAUAAUGUGCCAAAAUGUAUAAACUGUAUUUAGUUUUGUAUUAUCAAGUCAUAUUGUUAAAACGUGCCCUUGUGUUUAAGAGAUAAUUAAAAAACAAAACAAAAAACUAGUCAGAUAGAUUGUCUUUAUGUAUAUAUUUUUUUGUUCAAACACUUGUCCUCUGCAAUAAUUCUGGUAUUUUUUAAAAUUAAAUUUGUUAUGUUAAUGACAAAUUUUUUUUAAAUGCAAUAUUUUGUAAUUAAAAAACAAAAAACAGGGCACAUUUAUACAACUCUGCCUAAAUUGUUAUGUUUUUACUGUUAAUUUGUAUUUCUCAAAUGAAGACUUUGUUCUGAGAGAAUCAUUAGGGUUUAUUACUCAUUUAUUUUCUUGUUAAUAAAUUCAGUUCAUUAAUAA